AUGCGGAAGAUGCUUGGCUUGUCGGCCAAGGCCAAGCGGGCGGAUGCAGCGAGGCCAUCCUUACCGAACUAUGUUGCUUCCCCCAUCCAGGGCGCUUGUGCGCGGUUUUCCCUGGCGGACAUGCUAACCGCAACGAACCACUGGGCACCGCAGUUGCUGGUGGGCGACGGCCACCGCGUGCUGUUCAAGGGCGUGGAUCCGCGCGACGGUGUCACCCCUUGGCUCCUCAAGCGCUGCCGCGCGCGCGAGUCUGAAGAGUUCCACGCGGAGGUGGCGGAGAUGGGCAACAAGAACCACCCCAACCUGCUGCGCCUGCUGGGGUACUGCAAUGAGCAAGACAAGCUGUGGCGGUGGGAGAAGGUGGUGGUGUAUGAGUGCAUGCCUGGUGGCAGCCUGCUCGACAAGUUUGGACCGCACGGUUCCACCGCCAGAGUGCCGUUGACCCUGCAGCAGCGGCUGGGCAUUCUGAUAGGAGUGGCGCGCGGGCUGGAGUAUCUGCACAGCUUUGGCCUCGUGCAUCGCUCUGUCAGCCUUAGAAGCAUUUCUCUGGAUGGCAGCAUGCAGGCGAAGCUUGCAGGGUUUGACUAUGUGACGCGCAGUGAGGCAGCAGCAGGUCGCGAGCACGCGGUGGUGGGCGAGCCUGGGUAUGUGGACCCGCAGCUGGAGCUCACCAGGGAGCUGACACCCACCAAUGACCUCUACAGUCUGGGAGUGGUGCUGCUGCAGCUGCUGUCAGGCCGCAUUUUUGACACUUCAGGAAGGCCCAUGCAAAAGUUUUUCAGAGACACU